AUGGCUACAAUUUUUGCACUCAGUUCGGGUGCGUUACCGUCGGCGAUUGCGGUGUUUAGGAUCUCAGGGACUCGAUCUCUACCUGUUCUACGUGAAAUUUCUCGAAAGCAAAAAUGGAAACCGCGCGAAAUGCGUUAUACGAAAAUAUACACAAAAGAGAAUGAAAUUCUCGACACAGCAAUGGCGGUGUACAUGCCAGGUCCGUCCACAUUCACUGGUGAAGAUACCGCUGAAUUAUUCGUACAUGGGAGUCGAGCAGUGGCCGACGCGCUAGCCGAACGCUUGUCAGCUUUCGAAGGGAUUCGCCAGGCGACUCGAGGAACCACAGUGCAUGAACUGUUAAUAGAAGAACGUGCAGUCACGUUGGAUGUCUAUGGUGAGCUGCUGGACAUGGUAGCGACUCAGACGACGAAAAUGUCGCGGAAAUUCUCACAACGGCGAAUACGGCGGUGA